GUAACUUGCUUGCGAAUGUCUUUGGAAUCGGAACUGAUUUGAUUUGUCUAAUUGAAUAAUGACAUACUUGUUAAAAGCGCAGUCAAAAGUCAAGCCAAAAUAAGCGGUGGAAGGUGUGAGAGGAUUUAUAUGACAUUGUUUCAGCCAAAAUAAGCGGUGGAAGGUGUGAGAGUAUUUACAAGACAUUGUUUCAAAGUAUCUGUCAUUCAGAUACGCCUUGAAAAGGAUGUGCGUCUGGAAAAAGAGGAAUUUCAGUUCUUAAACCGUAGCAGAGCGGAAGUAGACACAAGUAUAAUUUAUUAAAGAGCAGUCGUGAAACAGCUUUUGAUUACACUUAGUUUCCAAUGUCCUGCAUAGUUUUGUAUUUUUCCUGAAGCAACUAUGACAGUACAAAGGCAACAUUACGUGCCAACUUACGUGUGUUGGUAGGCUGAGGAAGACGUUUGAAGAUUGGAGGAGGAAUAAUUUGCACGUUAUCAACACAAUGGCGAGUGAAGAUGGUAUUGAGUGGCUGUAUGAACUUCUCCAGGAUGUCCAGUUGGAACAGUUUGCGUCAAGAAUCAGAGAUGAUUUGCAGGUAACUCGACUGUCACACUUUGAUUAUGUACGAACAGAAGACCUCGAGAAAAUUGGCAUGGGGAAGCCAGGCAUCCGCCGCCUGCUGGAGGCUGUCAAGAAGCGCAAAGCGGCACAGUGGAAGCGCAAUUUGCUGGCCAGGCUGGGGGCAGCUGCUGGCAGUGGAGGUGGCGGUGGAGGCAGCCGUCGUGGGGGGGAGGACUCGGCUCCCCUUCACCUCACGUGCCUGAUCCGCGAGAAAGACGUCAGCCUAAUGUCAAAGCUCGGCGAUGGCUCAUUUGGAGUAGUUCGACGUGGAGAAUGGACGACACCGUCAGGUCAUGUACAUCCUGUUGCAGUUAAAAUACUCAAACGUGAUGCACUAGGACAGCCAGGCAUCCUGGAGGAUUUCGUGCGUGAAGUGCAAGCAAUGCAUGCUCUGGACCAUCCGAAUCUUGUGAGACUGUUUGGUGUCGUUCUGUCUCAGCCCAUGAUGAUGGUGACGGAGCUGGCACCACUGGGAAGCCUUCUAGAUUACCUACGCAAACAGUGCCAGCACAUGUCAAUCACUACAUUGUGGGAGUAUGCAGUUCAAGUGGCCACAGGCAUGGCAUACCUGGAAUCGAAACGAUUCAUCCACAGAGACUUGGCAUGCCGUAAUGUGCUGCUCGCCUCAGUUGAUCGUGUCAAGAUCGGAGACUUUGGCUUGAUGCGAGCCCUCCCACACCAUGAAGAUUGCUACAUCAUGACUGAACACAAGAAGGUUCCAUUUCCGUGGUGUGCACCCGAGAGCUUGAAGAGUCGGCAGUUCAGCCAUGCUUCAGACACGUGGAUGUUUGGUGUGACUUUGUGGGAAAUGCUGACUUUCGGAGAGGAACCCUGGCCAGGCCUGGAUGGUGCGCAGAUUUUGCGCAAAGUAGACCGUGAGGGUGAGCGACUGCCGCAACCUAAUGCCUGCCCCCCAGAAAUGUAUCGCCUGAUGCUCCAGUGCUGGGCUGCUGUUCCUUCAGACCGACCAACAUUUCUUGCAUCCAAAGAAUAUCUCCUUGGGUCAUUUCCAGCAGUCAUGAAAGCAUUGCAGAAAUUUGAGGAACCAGAAAAGAUGACUGUUGAAAGAGGUGACACUGUUGUUGUCAUUGAUGGCAGUGCAGAGCUGUAUUGGUGGAAAGGACAAAACCAGCGGACUUUCCAAAUUGGCAUGUUCCCACGCUGCAUUGUGGACCCUAUGCGUAAAAAACACCCUGAUGAUAUUAGCAAGCCUUUGCAGAAUUCAUUCAUACACACAGGUCACGGUGCACCAUGUGGAGAAUCCUGGGGCAGCCCCGCAGCUAUUGAUGAAGUCUACUUACGUAAUCCAAUGGAUCCACCAGAUGUUUUGGGUUUGGCAAAUACAUCACCACAUGGAAACCUUCCUAUGCCUAAGUUGCCUGACAGAAGAAAGCGUCGAAACCAGCAGAAACAGUUCAACUAUUCCAAACUGACGGAUGAGCCGACGACACCAGUGAGCACCGGCUUGGGCGGCAGCUCUACCGGAGUACAGCUGCCCUCCCUGUGUGACCCUGGAGGGGGCCUGGGGCCUGGUGAUUCUCCACUCUUGCUAGACCUUGCACCUCCAUCUACAGCUGCUCCUGCUGAGAGAGUGACUUCUGCUGUGUCUCUGCUGGAUCAGCCGAUAGAUGUGUACGAGGAGACUGUGGGUGGUUCACCUAUGUACGCCAACUGCCCUGGCCUCGACGCCCGUAACGAAAGGCCAGAAUCUCCCGACCCUUUUGACACGUCGCGCACCUACUGCUCGGGUGGUGAGGCCGGGAACGGGGCCGGGACCUUCUACUACGGCAGCGGCAGCAACGGCGGGGGUGCCUUCUACUCGCCGGGUGGCAGCAGCAGCGGUGCCUUCUACUCACCGGGUAGCAGUGGUGGUGGUGAGCCGGCCGGUGCCUACUACUCGCCCGUGCCUGCAGAGUCCCCCUCCAACUACACAGGGAUGCUCGGGGUGGCUGCAGAGUUUUCACGGCUCUCUGUUGCCAGUUCUUCACUUCCAGUAGCAGAUGCCAAAUUUGCUGCAGACUUGGAGAAGCACUUGGGCCAGAAAGAAGCGAGCGCCAACACGCACAUGGAGGGGACGGCACCCAGACUGCGGCUGCGGCCCCCACCGCAACAGGUGGCUCGACGCCCUUCAUCACGGAGUGCUGCUCUGCCUGCCGGCUGGUCUGCCACUGUGCGCAAUGUGCUCUACUCAAAGACUGUCAAUUUAGAAUGGCAACAGCAGCAGCAGCAGCAGCAGCAGCAGCAGCAAGAACCUCAGCAAAUACAGCAACACCAUGUACAACAACAACAACAACAACAACAACAACAAGGCUGUCCAGACUUAUUGCAUUUUGGUGUAUGUAAGCAGGCAAUAAAAACUGAUGGAAGAAGCUACAGUGUUUCUCCCUCAACUGCAGAAAAUGAAGAAGAGUCUCUCGCAGCUUUGACAGCAUCAGGUUGGAAUGUAGAUGUCGCAUCACGUAAUCUUAAACUCAAUUCCCUACUUAGUCCUGACUACAAGUAUGCGUAACCAUCAAGUAUAUGGAAUUCCAGUGAACUCGGAGGAAUACUGAUUGCAUACUUGGUUUAGCAUCACGACACCAGUGUGAAAUGGCCCUUACAAAGUGCGAAUGGGAUGUUGAUCGAGCUGCUUCUUAUAUCCUUGAUGUGGGAGAUGCAAAUGUGUAACAUUGUUGCCGAGCCUAUAGAAAGUGCAGUAUUGUGUGCUGGCACUAAAUCAAACUUCAGCAGUUUGUGUAAUUUUGUAAUAUGUGCUGUAAAUUGCACGUUACAUUCUGCAAAAACAAAUGUGUUGUACAUAUUAUGGCAAAUUGUAGAACAUACCCAAACUGUUUUGUUUAAAAAGUAUCUGCGUCAAUGAUAUGAGCAUAUCUCUGUAUUUUAUACUGAAUGUGUUUCCGAUUGAAAUAAAUUAAGUAUUUAUUUUGUGUCA